ACAGAACAGGUAAGAAGAAUGGCAACAGCAAGAAGACAGAUGAAGAAAAAACAGCCCGAAGAAAAAUCAGAUAAAAAAGUAUUUGACUUUACUGAAGAGGAUGAAAAGAAAGAGCUCAGCGGGUCAGAGGAAGACGUCAGAGAGGAUAAAACCCCAACAGUGGAAAAGCUGGCCAAGAAGAGACCUGCAGCAGACUUUGAGGAGGAGGGGGCAGCAUGUGCUGUGGGAAAUGAGGUACAGUCUAUGUUGGAGAAAUUUGGAGCUGAUAUCAGCAAGGUGAUGCAGGCUAAGAAGAAACGCCUGGAGUGUCUGACGAAGAACUACAUGAAGGGAAGCCAACACAAACUGGAGCAGCUCUGGAACAACUAUCACACCCAGAGGCAGAAGAUGACUCACCAGUACUCCCAGCAGGUGUCCUCUGUGCUGCAGCAGUGGGAGGCUGAAGCCCAGCGAGCUGAGGAGCAGGAGGAGAAGUUUAAUAAUCUGUUCAGACAGCAGCAGAAGAUCCUGCAGCAGGCCAGAGUGGUGCAGAACCAGAAGCUGAAGACGGUCCGACAGCUGUACGAGCAGUUUGUGAAGAACAUGGAGGACAUGGAGAAGAGCCACGAUGCUUUCCUGCAGGGGGCGCAACAAGAGCUGAGGAAGGAGAUGGCCACCCUGCAGAAGAAGAUCCUCAUGGACACACAACAGCAGGAGAUGGCCACAGUCCGUAAAUCGCUGCAGUCCAUGCUGUUCUAG